CCGAUGGCACACUUAAUGUAAGUUUAUGUGGUGUUUCUUCCGCACUGUCUUCCAGAGACGAUACAUUGUGUAUAUGUUGUGCUGGUCAGUCCAUUAUAAUUUCGUGUUUUUAUAGCUGAUAUUGAUCAUUUGUAGAUUUAGGUACACGUGAGCUUUAACGAUGGAUCAUUGGUCAGUGAUGCUUAUUGCUGUUCUCGCUGGGACUGUAACGGCCUCCACUAACACCUUUCAAUUCAGAUACAACUGUGGAUUCCUGGUUCAUACCCUGCUUAAGAAUGAGGUAGCUUUGGUGAGAUUUAGUGGCCUCAGACUUCCGGAAUCACACUGUAGCAUUGGGUUCCGGGGGAGUCAUAACGAGACCACUGUAUGUGUGGUCAGCCAACCUCCUUUCACCCUGAGUUUGACAGGACCGACACUCAUCCUGUCACAGGGAAGUGACCACGUCCACAGAAAGACCUACAGCUCCUUGUCAAUCGUCUCUCCUUCGCGUUACUGUACGUCAGGUGGACGGUACCUGAACAUCGCAUUAGAUAACGGCAACAGCGGGUCAUCCACGUCACGCGACCGAGGAUACUUUGCAUUAAAGGUUACUGCGAAUUACCCCUCGCCUUCUAGGCCUAGUGAUGGCCUGCCAGUCGUCGUUAUUGUCGCACCAGUUGCUGGGAGCGUGGUUUUCAUCGCUAUGGUGAUCAUCUUUUUUGUAAUGUACCGUAGAAGAAUGAGAGUCAAUUAAAUCUCAGGGACGUAGCUUGUUAAUUUGGAUCCUCCAUCAGAUAACAGUAUUCCAAGCACCCUCGGAAUAAACAGGCGGGAUUAUUAUAUCGGUUACUACAGCUUAAUGACAGUAUAUACACGAAAGCAGUAUUAAAUAUUGCCACGUAGUUACUUUUUAAUUAUGUAUGACAUAUAAUUAUUAGCCUGUGUAUAGAUACGUGUGUUUAUGUGAGUGAACGAGUGUCUUUAUUUAUUGUCGUGUUCAUGUGCACGUGCCGCUCUCCAGGUGAGGCGAUCUAUAUUUAGCCGUCACACCUGGCUAUAGCGUGUGUGUGGGUCGGAAUGUCUUGUCACGAGAGAGAGAUGUCAAUCUAUGUAGUCGAGAUGUCUUGUGUUCUUUAACGUAAUAGUGUGAAGUCGAGUCGUAACAUGCGUAAUAGUGUGAGGUCAAGUCGUCACAGAGUUUUCUUUGUAAAUCGUUUGCCUUUUCAGCAGACUGAGCCUGUUCGUUGUGAUGAAUGGACGUGGUUUUGACACUCUGUUUUAUCAUAGCUCAUGUCUUAUCCUAUUGCGCCCAUGCUUAUGACAUUGUACUCGUUCAUGUUUUACUGAAUACACAUUAUUUUAAGUAACA